AUGGCUUCGGGAACACCACCCCUGGCUGGUUGGACUCCUGUAAAUCAAGCUGCAGAUGUUGAUGUCGACUGCUCAGAUGCAGUGGUUGUGGCAGCCUUUGAUCGUCAACCACACGAAACACACAUAGAGGGAGCCACAAUAAUUCUUGAUUCUCAACAGACGAUGACAGCCACUGCAAUGACUGCCCCAAAAUCUCCAGCCAAAAAGAAGGCCAAACUGUGCAAAGUCACUGGUGCCAGGAAAGCACAUGCGAAGGGUCUGCUGACAGACGCCAUGUGCCGACAGAAGACUCAGCAGGAUGUAUUUAACAUGCAGCUUGAGGUCCUUGAGGCAACUCUUGUUACGCAGAAGGCCACAACACGUACUCAGGAAGUUCUUCAGAAAGAGGCUGGCCUUCGAAUAGAAAAGCUACAGCUGGAGAUUGCUCUGCUGAAGGAAAAGGAGUUCUUGGGUCUGUCGGGCAUUGAACUGUAA